AUGUUUGUGUUAGAUUCUUCCAAAAAUCGUAAAGUUCCCGUCCCAAUAGGACCUGCUAUACCGAGAAGAGAUCGGGAAAACGAUUGGCCUAGAUAUUGCCGCUUGAUGUUAAUGUUUUUCAAACCAUGGCGGAAUGCCGUAGAUCUUCGAGAACGACACGAGUCUUGGGCAGAUGCUUUUGCCAUCUUCAAUCAGAAUUGUCCUGAUAAUGUUAAAAAAAUGAUGAAUAACAUGCAAAUUUUACACGAGUGCAGGGAUAGUCGGGACGAC